CGCGGUUGUCCAAUGCACAGUGACGAACCGCCACCACAGUCUACUGCGCAACUUUGUGGCUUUGUGGCUUCACAUAGAGUUACACUUUGACUAUUUAUAACGACAAGAAACUUCUCAACUCUGCUGGUCAUGCCAUCUCAAUCUACCCUUUCUGCUGACGACAAAGCCAAAGUGAAGUCUGCUAUUCCAGUGUCACCAGCAACGAACAAGAUAUUCUGGGCAACAUUUGCAAGGAUUUAUUAUGCGUAUCCGGAUCCGAAUAAAUGGGCUUAUGCUGGACUGCAGGGUGCAUUGACUCUAACCAGGUCAAAUGUUACAUUGGAGUUUUCCUUCAACCUCGUUGACCUGACUGGAACUCGCGGCAUUAUAUGGUCGCAUGAAUUUUACCAGGGACUUGAGGCAGAAUAUAAUACAGAUAGGCCAUGGUUUCAUUCAUUCCCGGGUGAUGAAUGCAUGAUUGGCUUUGUAUUUGUCGACGAGAGUGAGGCAAAGAGCUUCGAGAAAAAGGUCAGAGAGAAGACCGGUAAGAAAUCAAAGGCCAAAUCCAAGAAAUCCAAAUCACCUACCGUGAAAUCCUCUGGCAAAAUUGAUAAAUCCCUCAUUUCUGCACCUACACAAUUUAAACAUGUUGCUCACAUGGGCUACGAUGCGGAUAAAGGGUUCACUUCGCGAAAUGUCGAUCCAUCCUGGACGACAAUCGUUGGGAAUCUGGAGGAGGAAGGAAUCGACAAGAAGAUCAUCGAGAGAGAAGUCGAAUUUAUUCGUGAUUUUCGCAAAGUUUAUCCUGAAGCUCAAGCAGAGGCAGAGAAGAAAGAACAGAAGAAGAAACCAGCGACGACGAAACCGCCGCCUCCGCCGUCGAGAGGUGGUGCACCUCCUCCACCCCCUCCACCAAGAGGAGGAGGAUCUAGAAAUUCUGCACCUCCUCCUCCGCCGCCGCCACCACCUUCUGCUGCUGCUGCCACGCCACCUUCAACUGCGCAUGCACCCUCAUCUGCACCUCCUGCACCACCUGCCCGUCCCUCGACUGGUCAUCAUGUACCACCUCCUCCUCCUGCGCGCCCAGCGUCAUCGCAUACACCGGCGCCACCAAGUAGACCGCCACCUCCUUCAUCUGGUCCCCCACCACCGCCGCCGCCGCCACCCCCAGCCGGUGGUUCUGCUCCACCCCCUCCUCCACCUCCACCACCACCCCCUCCCUCAGGCGCACGUACUGGCGCUCCACCGCCCCCUCCACCUCCACCACCUCCACCGGGAGCCUCAGGUGUCCCACCCCCUCCACCCUCCUUAGGCUUACCCGCUCCCCAACCCGGACGCGGUGACCUCCUCGCAUCAAUCCAGGGCAAAGGUAUCCAUUCAUUGAAAAAGACUGAAGGUCCCCCGGCUAGUGGCUCGUUGUCCUCUGCGUCCCCGAGAGGUGGUACGCCUGCCAUCGAGGAAUCUGCCAGCAGUAGUAGUGGGGGCGGUGGUGGAGCGUCGGAUCUGACUAGUGCUUUAGCUAGUGCCUUGAUGGCGAGGAAUGCAAAGAUGGGUGAGGAUAGUGAUGAUGAGGAGGAAGAUGAUGAGUGGGAUUAAGGUCCUUGAUCAUACAUAUUUUCGAAGUGGUGAAUGCUAGGUAUCCUUUCAAUGUUCCAUACUUUACUUAGGCUCCUGAUAUGUCUUUCCUUAGACUAUGAUUAUAAUACACUUCAGAUUGUACUUAUUUCUACUUUUAUUGGACAUUUGGAUGCUUGUUGCUCAUGAUUAGUGACCUCCCCUCCUGAGCUUGUUCAUGAGGUGAGGUGGGUGCACCUUUUUCAUGAUCCAGAUUAAUUCAAGAAAUAAACACUCAAUUCAUAUCUUCAUUGAUCCUUGUAUCAUACAAUAUAUCUCACUCAAACACAUUCAUGAGCAUGAUAACAAGUUUGAUGUAUUUUUUCAUUUACCCUAAAACAGGAUUUUACAUACAUAAAUAGAAAGAUGGCCUCUUGAGCCUUGAAUAACAAGUCUUCUUAUCCCA